AUGUCUUUGAUUCCGCAGCUCCACCGGGGAGCUCUCUCCUCGAUUGCCCGUCUGUUAGAUAACUAUGACAACUACCUGUCCAACUUAAACCCCGGAUCAGAUCUUCCAAUCUGUGCGCCAUCCUUCGAUAUUUGCGAGACUGAAGACGCGUACUAUUUUUAUGGAGAGCUCCCUGGCGUCCAAUCAAAGAACCUUUACGUUGAAUUACGAGAUCAGCACACGCUCAUCCUCAAGGGCCAGUCCGAACGUCAGUCAUCUUCGGAUGUGAAGGGAGGCGUAUGGUGUGUUUUAGAACGUUCGGUUGGAGACUUCGGACGCAUCUUCAGUUUCCCAACUUCAGUUGACGUGGAUGGAGCUCACGCUCAUUUGAGAGACGGUAUAAUCUCACUAAUUGUACCGAAAGGCGCUUCAAUAUCCAUCAACAAGAAAGUCACUAUCGAGAGUUGGAUUGGAGAUUUUCCUUAA